AUGUUGACACUGUCAAUUUCUAAAGCUGGUGCUGGCUUUAUUGUUGGCACUGUCGAUUCUGAAAUAGUGCUUGCUAGCGUUGAUGUUGUCUCAGUCGAUGUUGAAGUACUUCUUUCCAGCGUUGACGUUGCUGUCGAUAUUGAAGUACUGCUUGCUAGCCGUUGCUGUCGGCUCGUCGAUGCUAAAAUGCUGCUUGCUAGCGUUGAAGCUGGCCUUGUGGAAAUUGGGGUAGUUGUUGCUAGCGUAGAUGAUGGUUCUCUUGGAGUGGUCGUUGCGAGUGUUAAUAUCACUGUCGGAGCGAUGCGUUGA